CAGUAGGGCCCGCACCCGGUCUCCUCCGUCCACCCAGCAAGACUACCCUUUUACCCACUCUUGGACUCGACAUCUCGCCGCCUCCUUCGCAUCGCAUCGUUGCUCAUAGACGACAAGCACAGGCGACAGCAGGUUAGACCGCAGCAGCAACAUCGGCAGCAGCAUUUGAACCAGCGACGACAACGACGACGACGGCGACACGUCCGCAGCCCCCCUCCCUGCCGCCGGUACCCCGCAAGCACGCAAACCCACACCUUCGGACCCCGGCCCAGCCUCGCCUCCGUUCCUUGCCUGCCAAGAACGCUCAUCUCGUCUCCCCCUUGCACACGCGACCACGACGAGGCAGCGAGCCUGAUCCACUCCACUCCCUCCCCCUCCGACCCACUCCGCCGCAACCAAGAGAUUGCCAAGGCAGCCGGCGUUCUCCUGCGCAGUAAAGCCUCAAUUCUCGGCUCGCCCGGCUCCCCCGCACCUCCUGUUCACAUAACCGUCCGUUGCCCCGGAACCUCCUUCUUCCUCCAUCACCGUUCCUCUUCCACCUACUCGCACUCCGACACUCCGACCGACCAUGAGCGCAAGACCAUCCACCGAGGCCGCCCCGGUGGCCGCCCCCGCCGUCGAGACCCCCGCACCAGAGCCUACGACAACAACACCACCGCCCGCCGCGGCGCCGCAGCCCUCAACCCCACCAAGGGAACCCGAGCCUCCUCAUCCGAUGGUCCACCUCCGCGUACUCAUCAUCUCGGGCCAGUUCCACACGUUCUCGUUUGAACCCGAGACGACGGUCGGGCGUAUGAAGGAGCUCAUCUGGAGCAUGUGGCCGUCAGAAUGGACAGACCCGGGACAACCCCCCUCGCCGACAUGGCUCCGCGUGCUCUACUCUGGCCGUGUACUCUCGGACGACUCGACGCUGGCUGGCAACAACCUCGCGACGUCACUGUCUGCGACAGAAACGACUAUUGUCCACCUCUCGAUCCGCUCAUUCUCGGUGCACAACGAUGACCCGGACGCAAAGAAGCACGGCUUCACUCGCGCGACCUCGAGGCUGUCGGGCACACAUUCGACUCGCAACGCCCCAGGCGAGGAGGUCUCGGGCUGCAAGUGCAUCAUCAUGUAGGCGGCGGUGCACCACUUUCUCGGCGCACGCCAUCAAAAGUGUUACAAACGCCGCCUCCGUCCACCUCCACCGCCCACACCGCCCAUCCACUGAUACCCCACCUCGACCCGCCGCAUUGGAUUGCCUCACAGCGUCGCGCCGCGCCGCGCCGUACGGCCGACUCUCAGUCAUCGCCGGCGGCACCCCUCCGCCGUGCGCCCGAUCGCCCCGACCCCGCCCCGAUAUUUGUAUUCAAGCCGCCUGUAGAUCACCCCCAGCAGUGUACGAUCGAACCAUCGACUCCAUCUCCUCCAUUCCCGGUUUUCUAGGUCUCCUUCACGUUGUCGCCCACUACACUACGCGACGUCCCCUGUCUCCCUCUCCCUCUCAGUGUCCAGCUCGCCGCGCCGCGCCGCGCCGGCUUGCCGGGCUGACUGAAGCCACCCGGUCCGGUCCGGUCGGCCCGACACACACCGCCCCAUACCACUCCAUCUUGUCUUCUGAACCAUGCACUGUGAUAG